CCCUGUUUGUCUCCUCAGAAAACGAGAGAAAAAUUAUCAAAAUCUGCGGAGAGAAACAGAGAGUUACAGCCUAAGAAGGAGAGAUCGAAGAUGUACGGAUUCUCGACGAUUCCGAGCAAGGAUCUAGGGAAAGAGCCCGAUCUCGAGGCCGGCAACGGCGAGACUCUGUAUCCAGGGCUAGGUCUCGGCGAGAACCAGCUCCGAUGGGGUUUGAUCCAGAAGGUUUACGGCAUCCUCGCCGCUCAGCUCGUCAUCACCACAAUCGUCUCCUCCGUCACCGUCCUCUAUGCUCCUGUCAACGAGCUCCUCAGGGGAAGUCCCGGUCUCCUCUUGUUCCUCUGCGUCGUCCCCUUCAUCCUGUUGUGGCCUCUUCACGUAUACCACCAGAAGCACCCUGUCAACCUGAUCGUGCUCGGCCUCUUCACCGUUUCUCUGAGUUUCCUGGUUGGCGCAAGCUGUGCUAACACAGAUGGGAAAAUCGUGCUGGAAGCAUUGAUCCUGACCUCGGCCGUAGUCUGCUCUCUGACUGCAUACACCUUCUGGGCCGCCAAGAGAGGCAUGGACUUCAGCUUCAUGGGACCCAUUUUGUUCACCAGCCUCAUGAUCCUCGUGCUCACAAGCUUCAUCCAGGUGUUCUGCCCACUUGGUUCGACCUCGACUGCAGUCAUCGGCGGGAUCAGCGCUCUGGUGUUCUCGGGAUACAUAGUCUACGACACCGACAACUUGAUCAAGCGAUACACUUACGAUCAGUACAUCCUGGCCUCUGUCGCUCUCUACCUCGACAUCCUCAAUCUGUUCCUCACCAUCCUGCGCGUGCUUAGGCAGGGAGACAACUGAAUAGCAGUUUGUACAUAACUGAGCACACAUUCCCUUCUCCAUUCAGAACUUACCCUCGUAUAAUUUUUGCGUUAGUUCUCUUCUGUCUAUCGGUGCUUUGUAAGUUUUUGCAGUGGUAAAAAGUACAAUCCCCCAUUCAUCUUGUCAAACAGCAGUAAAUAGCUUCUUAUAUUUCGAAUUCUGUGUUACAAACUAUGACCUUUCCCUUUGAAUGAAUAAACUGAAUCUCG